AUGGGCCCGCAGUUCAUGCCAUUUUUCCUUAUGAUUAUUCGCUAUACCAGUAAGGGUCUAAUAGUUAGUCGUAAUACAAUCCCAUUCAGUCGUGAUACAGAUGAUAACUCAAAUCCACCCUCGGACUCGAGCCUCAUGUCUAUUGACGGAGCUACCCAAGCUAAUAAUCUCCAGGCUACACAGCAAGCCAUCAUGAUUCCUACGAACUUGGCUGUGUCAAGGUCCUAUGGAAAACGUCAGACAUGGAUUGGUCUAGAUAACGGUAUUACGCACCUUCCACCCGAACAACGCGAUGAGGUCUUGACCGUUCU